GCAACUUCCCUGAGCUAGGCUGUUCGUAAGCAAAUCACCUUUUGUUGAAGUGAUUUUGGAGAUCCACAUUGCAGGAAGCUCCUGGCAGCGGAAUCCAGAACUAGAACAAAAGCAGAGGCCAUUGUGAAGACAGAAGAUGCCUAGGUAAGAGCACAACUGCCUGCAUGCAGUGAAAUCCCAGUUAAUAAGCCUGGAGAUGGAAUAGCUCAGAUAGGAAAAACAACACACAGCUUUCCUCAGCACACGUUCACUCAGCGGACUUAGAGAUGGCUAGAGCCUGCUUACUGCUCCUGCUUCUGAAGAUGUGUGGAAUCAACACGGAGGAGGAAACAAAGAUCCCCUGGGGUUGGAAAGCCCCAUGGAAAAGAAACAACACUCAGGUCUCAAGUGAAGAUUGGAAGCAACGACUGCCCCAAAGCAUAAUUAUUGGAGUGCGGAAAGGAGGCACACGGGCCCUGCUGGAGAUGCUGAGUCUGCAUCCCCAGGUGGCAGCUGCCCAGUCCGAGGUGCAUUUCUUCAAUGUGGAGGAGAAUUACCGCAAAGGACUUGGUUGGUACAGUCAGCAGAUGCCUAUUUCACACCCCACUCAAAUCACCGUGGAAAAGACACCAGGCUAUUUUUCGUCUCUCAAAGCCCCGGAAAGGAUCCAUGCUAUGGACAACUCAAUGAAGCUCCUGCUGAUUGUACGGGACCCUGUGGAAAGGUUGGUGUCUGAUUACACACAAAUCCUUCACAACCGCAAGGCACGGCACAAGCCCUACCAAGCUCUAGAGCAGAUUCUCUUGAGGCAGGGCCAGGAACUUAACACCCGGUACAAAGCCAUGCAGCGCAGCCUGUAUGCCUUACACCUGGCUCGGUGGCUGGAGUUCUUUCCCCGGUCACAGAUUCACGUGGUGGAUGGAGGCACCCUGAUCCGGGAGCCUCUCUCAGAGAUGCGCCACGUAGAGCACUUCUUGGGACUGGAGCCUUACCUUGGCCCAGACAACUUUUACUUCAACCAGACCAAGGGCUUCUACUGCCUACAAGCAAAAGGGUAUCAGCACUGCCUAGACCAAUCCAAAGGACGACCUCAUCCCACCGUUGAUGAAGUACUGCUUGAGCAACUCUGCACCUACUUCAGUGAGCACAACGAGAACUUCUUUGCCAUGGUGGGUCGAACGUUCAACUGGUGCUAAGUUCUGCUCUGGGGCUUACAGGGCUGCUCUGUUGGGACAGAGAAAAAUCAGAGAAUGGCCUCCAGGUGUUUAGAAAAAGUUUUUUGUGGUAGGGGUCUGUACUCUCUUCUUUUGACUGGGCUGGGAAAAGAGCUCUAUCAAUAUGGGCUUUGCUCAGUGGUACACAUGUUUAGAGGAAAACAGCACAACAGAAGUAGCUUUCACACUGGAGACUGGAAAGAGAGCUUUGACAAAAAAAAAUCACAGCAAGUGGAGCUAUAUCCUCUGCAGCUGUGUGCCCAGGAAAUGCUAUAUUCUAGGCCAGCCUUCCCCAAGCUGGUGCCCUCCAGAUGCUUUGAACUACAACUCCUAUUAUCCCUCACCGCUAGCCCUGCUGGCUGAGGCUAGUGGGAAUUGCAGUCCAAAAUAUAAUCCACAUCUUGUUUGGCGUCUAUUCCCAGCAAUUGUGUGAAAAAAGGGUGAAAAGCCAUCUGUUCUCAGCGUUUACUGCCUCUCCAAUAUUCCCACACAACACAACCAGCUGCAGGAACCUUUGUUCCAUCCACUUAAUGCCCAACACCUGAAAGCCAAGUAAUUCCUUUUCUGUUCAACAUAGGGCAGCAGUUCCAAAGACAAGAGUUCCUGAAGUACAGUACAGUACUGUACUCCGUAAGUUCUGACUUGUGUAACUGAAUACAGGCCAGAUAAGUCUGAUAUACCCAUUUGGAUAUCUUGAAUCUAUUAUAAAUAUAUCAAGUCCUUAUAGUCAGCCCAUCAACUAGAAUAAAGGGCAAUUUUCAUUUCAAUCCACUCUCCUCUCAUUGAUUCACAUACAUAAGUCUUCCUUCCUCCUCUAUCUGCUUAGAAAAAGUCCUUUCUAAUAGAAAUGCAUUCACUGACAAGAUAUAAUCUGUCAAGAGAGAAUGAGCAUGCUCAAUGAGGGAAUAUAGAGAAGUGUCAAAUAUACAGUGAUGAUUAGGGUAGGCCAAGAGUACCAAGGAUGUCACUUGCAUGUAACUAACUGGCCCAGUUACAGCCUUCAGUACCAAGUGUGCUGCACCACUUUAUUUUCUUUCCUCUACCAUUGUGCUUACUCUAUUAUGGCACAGCUUCUAGCAAAGGGGCAACUGAAAUAAAACCAGGUCCAAUUCACUGGCUUCUUUUGUUGGCACAUGCAUGCUAAAAUAAACUAGGCUUUGUUUGUCCAACAUCCAUCCAUAUUACUAAUGACCAAAACUCCCAAUCUAAUAUUCAUAUGAACAACUGCAGAAGAAUGUAAGAACCUGCUACAUCAGGCCAAUAGCCCCUCUAGUCCAGCAUCCUGUUCUCAGUGGCCAACCAGACGUCUGUAGGGUAUCUUCAAGCAGGACACAAGCACAAGAACACUCCCCGCCUCCUGUAGUUUCCAGCAACCGGGAUUUAGAAGCUUUACUAUCUCUGGCUAUGGAGACAGAGCACAGCCAUGGUGCCUAGUAACCACUGAUAGCCUUGCCCUAUGUAUCACCCACCUAAACCAUUAUUUGCCUUAUCCAGCAAUUUGACAAUUGUUUAAAAAAAGAACAGGAUACAAUGGACAGAAAUUCAUGAAAGCCAUGCACAUCACUAACAGGAAUAGAUAAGUUACAGAUAGGUAGCCGUGUUGGUCUGCCAUAGUCAAAACAAAAAAAAUUCCU